GUGCUGCUGGGGGUGCGCGCACCCCCGUCCUCGUCGUCCGUGCCCGCGCGCGCACGGGGCAAUGGCCCGGGUCUCGGCCUCGACCUCGGCCUCCGCUGGACGCGACGCGCCAUAAUAACCGAGUCAUAUUACGCGAGCUAACCGGAGGUGGCGCGACACCCCGCUCGCUGCCCACCGGGCUCCAGGGUCGCUACGAACCCCCGAACCUACCGGAGCCGCGCCGACCGCGCCGACCGCGCGGACCGCGUCAGGCAUCAUGGUCGUCCCUCAGGGUACCAGCCCCGAGUGCGGCGUGCCCGACAUGACGGUCAUCAGCGACAUCGACGAGACGGGCAUCAACCGCAACCUGCAGGUCCGCUACGACCGGGACCAGAUAUACACCUAUACGGGCUCCAUCCUGGUGGCGGUGAACCCCUACAAAGAAGUGGACUGCUACACGAUGGACUUCGUGAACCGGUACCACGGACAGAAGAUGGGCGCCCUGGAGCCGCAUGUCUUCGCCCUCGCCGAAGCUGCAUAUCGGUCUCUCAGGGAUACCGACUCCAAUCAAUCCUGCGUGAUAUCCGGAGAGAGCGGCGCCGGGAAGACCGAGACCACCAAGUUCAUCCUGCAGUACCUGUGCUCGGUGACGAGCAACGUCGACACCUGGGUGGAACAGCAAAUCCUGGAGGCUAACACGAUCCUGGAAGCCUUUGGUAACGCGAAGACGGUGCGCAACGACAACAGCUCCCGGUUUGGGAAGUUCAUGCAGGUCUGCUUCGACAGUAAAUGGAUGAUCAAGGGAUGCAUCAUCCAGGACUACCUGCUGGAGCAGAGCAGGAUCACGUUCCAGAGCCCUGGCGAGAGGAACUACCACGUGUUCUACCAGCUGGUGGAGGCCGGCACCAGGGACAAGGAGUUCGCCGACAGGUACCAGCUGAUGCCAGCUGGCCACUACAGUUACCUGAACCAAUCGGGCAGCGCGAAACCAGAUGGGGUGUCCGGCUCCAAGAGAUUAGACGCCCUGAGGUUGGCCUUCAACGUUCUCCAGGUGCCCCCGGAGAUGUCCGAGGGUAUCUUCCGGGUGCUCUCCGCGAUCCUCUGGCUAGGGAAUCUGACAUUUGCGGACGUCGACGGGGAGAGGUGCGAACUAGCCCAAGGAGACGACGAGAUCGUCGAGAGGGUCGCCUCUCUUCUGGGUCUCCAAUCCGGGGACGUCACAACGGUCCUGCUCGUUCGGCAGAUCAACGUCCGCGGCAACAUCACCGAGAUCCCCCUCAAGGUCCAAGAGGCCAGAGAGAACCGCCAUGCGAUGUCCAAGGCUCUCUACUCGAGGACCUUCGCCUGGCUCAUCAACCACAUCAACAACUGCACCAACCCCGGCCAGGAUAUGUCCAGGUUCCUCGGAGUCCUGGACAUUUUCGGGUUCGAGAAUUUUGCGGUCAACAGCUUCGAACAGCUUUGCAUCAAUUACACCAACGAGAAGCUGCACAAGUUCUUUAACCACUACGUCUUCGCCCUUGAACAGGAGCUCUACCACCAGGAGGAGAUCCAGUACUCCCACAUCACCUUCACGGACAACACCUCGUGUCUGGAGCUGAUUGAGAAGCCGCCUCGCUGUGUACUGAAACUGCUGACCGAGCAGUGCCACAUGCCUAAGGGCUCCGACCUGGCGUACCUGACGAACCUGCACGCAGAGUUCGAGGGUCAUCCCUGCUAUGUUAAGGGUGACGAUCGACGCAACUGGGAGAAGGAGUUCGGUCUAAGGCAUUAUGCUGGAUGCGUGACCUACGCUGUCCAGGGCUUCGUCGACAAGAACCGGGACGUCCAGCAGGACGUCUUCUUCGACUUCAUGUCGAGGAGCACCAAUGAGUUCGUUCAAGAGAUCACAGCCUACCAGGAUCUGCUGGGCGCCACGGUGGGCCGCGUCCCAGUCGUCGGGGCUACCACGGUAGCGACUUCCACGAUGUCCAGGGGCACCUCCAAGGGCAAGCCCACCCUCUGCGACUCCUUCCGACACCAGCUCCAAGCUCUGGUGGACGUCCUCCAAGCCACUACACCCUGGUACGCCAGGUGCAUCAAGCCCAACGUGGACAAGGUCGCGAACCACUACGACGAGAAGCUCGUCCUGGACCAGCUCAAGUACCUCGGCAUGCUGGACAUCAUCCGCAUACGGAAAGAGGGCUUCCCUGUGCACAUGUCCUUCAGAGACUUCAUCACCAGGUACCGGUGUCUCGAAGGAAAAACACCUUCGAAGUUGCGGGACCACCCUGACGAGCGAGAGACGGUCCAGUCCCUGAUAGCUACUCGUGGCAUUCCUGAGACAGAGUGGCAGAUUGGCCGCACCAAAGUCUUCCUCAGGAGCUACGUCCACGAGCCCUUGGAAGAUUCUAGAAAUCGCGUCGUCAACGAGGGUGCCAUCGUCGUGCAGAAGACGUGGCGCGCUUACGUAGUUAGAAGAGAAUACCGGCGAGUCAGAGAGGCUGCGCUGACGGUCCAGCAUGCGUACCGCGGCUGGAAGCUGCGGAUCAUGUUCAUCAGGAAGCGCAGGGCAGCGAUCGUGAUCCAGUCCCAUCUGCGGGGAGUCUUCGCGAGGGAGGUGGCGGCGGCGCUCCGCGAGAUGAGGCGAGUUGACGAGGAGAUGCGAAAACGAGAGCGAAUGGAGGAAGAGCGACGACUGAUGGAGGACAAAAAGGCGUUGGAGGAGAGCCAGAGCGGCCAGUACAACGGUAUCGUUGGAAUGGAACCUGGGAAGGCGCAGGAGGAGAUUGCUGCCCUAUCCCAGAUGGCCGAGCAGCUCAACUCGAAGAUGGCCACGACUGAGCUGCAGUCGGUCGACCUGGACAACUUAUUCUCUUUCCUAUCGGACGUGCAGUCGACCAAGAGCAACCAGAUCAUCGAGGAGAUCGGCGAAAGGAUGGACGAGUUGGUCGAGGAUCUGGACGUCGAGCUGGAGACGGUGAUCCAGCAGGAGCUCGAGCUGAACUCGCGGGCCGACGUGAGACGCGCGAGCGCAGAGGGUCCGGAAGGUGUCCAGCAACAGCAGCAACCCAGGACCACGGCUGGAGGUUCUGGAAAACUCGGCCAGCCGAGUCUACCGGAGCCAACCGAGCCUCCACCUCCGCCGCCACCACCUCCUCCACCACCCUUCGCUUUCGGUUUGGUCUUCUCCGAGGACUCUGGCACAGAUGCUGGCGAGCCCAUCUACGAGUCUGUGUUGCCGAGAGAUGAGAACGGUCCAGGAAGUCCAAUCCUCGUCAACGGGACUGCCACUGGCCAACUGGUGAAUGGAACCGACCGCUGUACCUCGCCGUUACCGGUUCCCGUGACCAAAAUCAUGAAAGAGCCGGCAGCGACGAGUCCACCUUCCGCGAGACCGGACAUGCUACACCAGAAUGGACAUUAUCAUCCCCAUCAACAAGCUGCUCUACCGCAGCAGGAAAUGCAGCCGUUACAGCAGGACCUGUCACAGCAGCAGCAGCAGCAACAACCGCUGCACCAACCACCGACACAGCCUCAGCAGCAACAGCAGCAGCAACGACAUCAACAACCCCAGGAUCAGUGGCUUCAUCAACAGAGGUACUCGGAAGAGGAGCAACAGCAGUCCCUCCAGCAACAACAGCCCCAGGAACGCGAACAGCGCAGGAAGUUCAGGGUCGAACGGAAGCUCCAGGAGCUCGAGGAGAAGAAGGAGCUGCCCGAGAACGAGACCACGUAUCAUGAUAUUGUCGAGUUCGCUCAGAACUAUUUCAACAGUCACGAGAGGUCUCCCGAGGGCACCAUAAUGGCCACGCUGACUCGCAAGUCGCGAGGUAAAAGCGUCGAGUACAUUCCCAAGUACGAGAUGGUCACAUAUUAUAAGGGGAGCAGCAUCCCAAACUCGCACAUCCACAUGUACGACCCGGAUAAUGUUAACGUGGCGUGCUCCGUCUUCAGGGAUCUGUGCAAGUAUCUUCGAGGCGAGACGAAGCAAGACCAGGAGAUCGCGACUAUCCAGAGCAUAAUUGGGUACGGCAUCGAGAGGGAAGAGCUCAGGGACGAGAUCUUGGUCCAGUGCAUGCGCCAGGCGACCAACAACCCCAACAUCGAGUGGGCCGAGAGGGUCUGGUUGCUCCUUUGCUUGGCGAUAGUCGCCUUCCAGCCCAGCAAGCUCCUCUACAAGUAUUUCGUCUCCUUCCUGAGGAAGAACCUCGCCCUGGAGGGCAAGCUCCGACAGUACGUCCAGUGGUGCGCCGACAAUUGCAAGAACACGAAGGUUUCUUGUCGACAAUAUCCACCGUCGACCGUCGAGAUCGCGGCCAUGCGCAGGCUGGGAACCAUCGUCUGCAGGUUCUUCUUCCUGGAUGGAAGGACGAAGGCCAUAGACGUGCAUCCGACCGACACUGCUGCCGAUGCUGCCGCGAAACUCGCUGAAAAACUUGGCCUUAGGUCCCUCGAGGGUUGGGCGAUCUACCAGAGCAGACCCGAUGGCGAGGAACACGUCAGGGCCCACGACUACCUCUACGACGUGAUCGCCGCCUGGGAAAUGAAACAGUGCAAGCUGAACACAUCCCAAUCUACGUUCUCGACUCUGAGGAGAGGCAACAAUCCAACCCUAGGCAGCGGGGAGAACCGCUUCGUCUUCAAGCGCCGACUCUUCAGGAACACCCGAGAGAUGUCGCAGGACCCGGUCGAGGUCAACAUGCUGUACGCGCAGGCGGUGUACAAUGUGGUAAAGUGCGACGACUUCCCGGUGUCGGAGAAGGUGGCGCUUCAGUUGGCUGGUCUUCAGGCUCAAGUGGCGUUGGGCGACCCCAAGGACAACGACCGAUUGGACUACUACAGCGAGGUCGACAGUUUCCUGCCGUACCGCAUCAGUCGGGCUCGAGGAGACGACGUCUGGGUACCGAUAAUUGCGCAAGCUCACAGACAGUACGGUGCCGGUCGUUCCGAGCUGACGGCAAAGGUCCUCUACCUAUCCUGCGUGAUGCAGUAUCCGCUGUACGGCACGACGAUGUUCAACGUGACCUAUAGGGGAUAUUGGUCGUACGGCAACCAGUUGGUGCUUGGCAUCAACUGUGACGGUUUGAUGCUGAUCAAGCCGGACGACAAGUUCGUACUGUCUGAGUAUCGGUACCAAGACGUCGAGAGCAUAAUGCUCGACCCGAGCGACUCCUUCAUCACGCUGUCCCUGCUGAGGCACAACCCGGACAGCUCGCACAAGUGCUUCGUCUUCGAGACGCCGCAGAAGAACGAGAUCGGCAGCCUGAUCGUGAGCUACUGUCCGGCCCUGGCCGGUUGGAUAACAGAAAACGAGGCCCCGGUGAAGAAGCUGAAGGGCAUCACCAACGAGGACAGGGUCAGGCUCUACCACAACCUGGUGAACUGCAGGCGAACCCUGGUCGACUCGGAGGCCCUGAGGAAACCGCAGGACACCGGCGGUGGGUUCCUGAGGAAUACCCUGCGCAGGCUGUCCAAGCACAGGAUCGAGAAACUGCGGCAGGAGCACGGGACCGCCACCGACCAUGGGGAGACCUACAAGGGCUUCUCGUACGCGUACUGGGCAUUCAGUAGGCAGGCCAUACCCCAGAGUCUGACCAGGCUGCCAGACUUAGAGGAGCAAGGUGCGCUCUCGGUCUUCCAACUGAUCCUGACCUACGCUGGCCUCGGCCAGAAUGGCGACACCGUCAGGCGCGUCGAGGACGAGCACGUUAACCUGAUCCAGACGAUCAUGGACCGCUGCAUGCGCAAGGAAACCCUUCUCGGAGAGCUGUACCUGCAGCUGAUCAAGCAAACCACCGACCAUCCCGAUCCCAACAGCCGGGUCAACCUGAGGCACUGGGCCUUCCUCUCGCUGGCCUGCUCCGUCAUCCUGCCACCCCAGAAGAUCAUCCGGAAGUACUUGAUCGCCCAUCUGAAGAGGUGCGCGACGGACUACGUCACGGAGGAGGGCAAGUACGCGAGGUUCGCGGAGAAGUGCCUCUACAGGACCCAGAACACCAGGAGGCGGCAGCUGCCGCCUAGCCGAGAGGAGAUCAUGUGCACUAUCAACCGUAGGCCCAUUUACGCGAGAUUCCACUUCAUGGACGGCCAGUACCACGCCGUUGAGUUCCACCCCUCGGCCACGGCGACGGACGUCAUGGAGAUCAUCAAGGCCAAGAUAGGUCUUGAAAAGUGUGCCAUGGGUUACGCGGUCUACGAGGUGUUGGGGUCCUCGGAAAGGUCUCUGUUACCCGAAGAGAAGAUCGCGGACGUCAUGUCCAAGUGGGAGCGUUAUAGAACCGCCAGUGCCACCCAGCAGAACCAGCAGUCUCAGCGGAAACACGCUCACCACCUGUUCCUCUUCAAGAAACACCUCUUUCUCGACCGGUAUAUGAACCUGGACGACCCUGUAGAGAAGGAGCUCCUCUACCACCAGGUCUUGCACGACCUCCGCGCGGACAGGUUCCCCAUUACCGAGAAGGAGGCUGUGAUGCUGACCGCCCUGCAGGCCCAGCUGGAGCUAGGUGAUUGCCAGGAACUGACCGGAGGCCAGGAGUACAGAGCCAUAGCUAGUCAUUGCCUCCCUUCGCGCCUCGUGCCGAGUCUCUGCGUCGAAGGGGUUCUUCAGCAUCACCAGUCCUUGCGAGGGAUGACCCAGCCAGAAGCCAAGAAGGCCUUCCUCAACCUGAUCCAGUCGUGGCCGCUCCACAAGUCGACUAUCUUCGACGUGAUGCAGUCCUUCACAUCGAACUGGCCCAGGGUCCUGUGGCUCGCCGUUGACCAGCAGGGACUCCACCUCCUGGAGCACCGCUCCAGGAAUGCCCUCUGCACCUACGAGUACAGCAGCAUCCUCACCUACAACCCUGCGCAGAACUGCCUCAUGAUUAUCACCGGCACUGACAAGAAGCAGAGCAAGGUGAUUCUCACGACCUCACAGGCUUACCAGAUAGCGAAUUUGAUUCGCGAAUACACGGAAGUGCUGCAGUCGCCCCCGGAGGUACCGAAGAGGGACUCCAUGAUCGGACAACACGUCGACAGACAACAGCAGUACCAACAACAGCCGCUGCACCAACAACAGCACAUCCAACAGCAGCAACAGCAGCAGUACCAGCAACAGCAGGCACCCGCUGUUCGUAAAUCCAGACCGACGUCGGUUCUCCACAGAGGAGCACCGGUCAUCCAUUCCCAAGCUAGUUAAAGUCGAGCCGCCAUUUUGCGCCCGACUUCGCAUCGAGAGGUCCGACCGACAAAUAGCAUGUUAAACCGAAGCAGUACCAGCAACGACCACCUGCCGUUCGCAAAUCCAAGCCGAGAGACGACCUAAACGACACCUAGCAACAGGACGCACUGCCACCGACAAUUCCGCGGAAGCGGGAAGCCGUUUACAGCCAUUUUUUACACAUCUCCAAGAGGCUGCCAGAUUACGCUGCCAUGCUUCCAAGGGAGCCAUUUUCUUUUUCUUACUCGUCUAGUUAUCUUAGCUCUUUCCAUAUCGUAAAGUCCUGUUUUUACAUCGGUGGAGUCAGUAGGCUAGUACACUCCAUUUCUGGAUUUUUCUCGAAUCUACUCCACUACUAAUCUUGGUAGACGACCGUCUGCCCAAGAACGGUAGUUUGGAGGAGAGACUAGGGUAAAGAUACAUGUUUUUGUCCGACUACUCUACCUGGAUAAACCUGUUUACACCAGUAGAGCGUCGGUAGAGUAGAAUGAGGAUCAUGGUAGGGGGAGAAUAGGGUACUAUUUCGCAUGUACUGUGAUAUUCUCGCCAUUCAAGGUGUUUACGUGCUAGUAAUGGGAUAGUGCGUAUUCUACCUCCGUAGUUACCCACUAAUUCUACCGAUGUAAACGGGAUCUCACCGUACGAAGCCCUCGACACGGUGCGCGAGCAAGUGCACCGCGCGAAGUCGCUGCAACGGUCCUCGCGUCAUCCGCCUCGGACCACGGCGGUCGCGUGUAUAUAUAUAUAGAAUUGCGACGUAGUCUAGGAAAUUGGGCACGCACGUAGCCGACCGACCGGGUCGGUUUUCUCUCUCCUUCCAUUUCCGAAAGUAUGUUCCGGCGAGAAACGUCGCCCGGUCUUGGGGAAUCCGCGUAACCGGCGUCGGCGGCUAAGUCUCGGGAGUGGGAAUCGUAAGAUCUGUCUCACUGCCAGGGAAGGUCCUCAACAAGUGCCCUGCGUUAAUCAAUCCUUACACGUUAGAUUACCGUAGAAUCGCAGGAAGGUACCUAAGACUUUUUGUCGUCGAGCCUUUCCUUUCUAUCGAAAACCAGCCCUCGGUUUGACGCGAAUAAUGAUCGUUCAGAAGCGUCGCGGCUGCACAUUCCUCUCGUACAAUCAACCGGUAACAAUGACCUCGCUUAACGACUUCGCGUUACGCCAACAAGUCGCGCUAAUUUAAUCCAUCACGCGACCGGAACGAAAGGCGAAUUAUAAGAACUUCCCCCUAGCGAUCCAACAGUUGUUCACCACCAAGUUCUGGAUUUUAAACCGUCCUCUACCGUUUGAAAUCCGCGGCUUCGUAUGGAACAACCUAGAGAAAUCUAGAAGAAUCUAGAAGAAUCCAACGGUCGCCCCCAAUCGUCGCGCGCGAAUCUCGAUAUCUGGAAAGGUGGAUUCCUUUCCAAGUAGAAUGUCCUCGGCCCAUCUAGGCGUUAUCAGGGCACGCGACUCCCGAUUCGGACCUCUAGUAUAGUAAUAUAUAUAAAUAAAUAAAUAUAUAUAUAUAUGUACCUAUAAGAGAAGAGCGCGAUGGAUUCGCGCGCACCGGCCAUUCCGGUGACCCAUGUCUCCGGACUUGUCCCUAAAGUUUAACGCGCAAAAGAGACGGGCAAUCCUAGUCGGCUAGAGGGCGCCGAGAGCGUGGAAACGUCUCGACGCGUCCUAACCAAAGCGGAAUCCCCGCCUGGCUUUGAAUCUCGUAAACCUCGUUCCCGCUACGCGGGAGAACGCGCGCGGAAAAUCCGGACCCGCGUGUCCCCCAGGCUGUAUCCACGACGUAGGCUAGGUAAAUUAUUUGACGAUCGAUGAGGUUACCGAGUAAUUAUCAAACGAAAAAUG